AUAGUAUACAGUAAAACAGUGUAGUUUAGUUCGUUUUUCAGAGAAGUCUAGCACUACUCGAAAUAUAUACUACAGUCCGACCAAUAUGAUUCAACCGCUUUUGUUCGUGUAUUCGUUGUUUUCCGUUUGCACUUUUCUGAUGUGCUCGGCCGGUAAUUCUGGAUUAUGGUCAGGCGCAGGCAACGCGUUAUCAUUAAACAAUAUAUUGAUGAAUAAGGGGUGGAAGAAUGUGGUAGCAAAAGCCCUAGAUCGAGAAUUAAAAUCAAUCAACGGCGAAAAAAUGGACGUGUCAGAACUAUUAAAUAGGGGAGCCGAUGGCAAAAUCGUAACCCCGGCAAACUACACCGACAAAUUACUGAAAACUUCGACCGUGGUAAGCUGCUUUUUCAGCGAAAACCUAAAAUUCAUGAACGAUUUAGUCAUUGACGUUAUCGGGCAGCAUUGCAUGAGCCUGGGUUCGGACGCAUUAAAGUUGGAUUGCAUGGAACAGUUUUGGGAAACAAUGGACAAAAAUAAGUCAUGGAUCGAAAAAAUGCUAUUUGUUCUGAAUUAUUUCCACAAAGCUUCCAAAGCCACGGGCACAACAACAGUCAUUGACGUUUUGGAAUUCUUACUACCGCGCUUCGACCGUCAGCAAUACAUUAAAUCAAAUUACUUGGACGAUAAUGAUACGAUCAAGAUAGAUAAUUUAAGAAGUGAUUACGACUUUUUCCUAGAACAGAUAAAAUGCGCAAACAAAUUACUACAGGACUUUCUCAUGGCUCGUUGUUUGUCGACGUUUAACGCCGAAAACGAAAAAUCCGAAGACGCCAAAGAUUUAGAAAGAAUGGCCUAUCUUGCGUCACAUGACAGUAUGAAUUUUGUAUUUAACUUUUAUGAUACAAAUUUACGUACAUUCGAGAAAUCUUUCUUUACUAAAUUAGGGUUCAAGAAGAAACAAUUAAGAUCUUAACAUCGUUAUGUACAUUUUUAUUGUCAUUUAUAAAUAGCUACAGUUUGAGUUUAUAAGUCUUUGUUGUUGUAUGAAACGAUUUCUAAAUUUUUUUUUCUGUUUGACACAUGUU